ACACACCACAAUACCCUCAUUUCUUUAGAAAAGAAGCUCCGAGUUCUUGAGGGUUAUGGAAGACAGUAGUGCAGUAGUAAGAAUGGUGAUGCUUCUAGUUUUCGUUGGGUGGCUCAUGAUGUGGGUUAUGCUGCCAACGGAAACCUACAAAUUUUCAUGGAAACCUACCCUUGCAAAUCGACUAGACUCAACUUAUUUUCGUGAACAAGGGACAAAUCUUGUGCUUUUCUCAUUUCCCAUAAUGUUCUUGGCAUCGUUGGGCUGUAUUUAUCUCCAUUUUCAGAAGAAAUCUCGUUCUGAAAGUAAUCUGACUAGAAGAAGAUGGUUGGACGUAUGGAAACGUCCAUUAAUUGUGACGAAUCUUCUAGGGAUUGUGAGCGUGAUGGAGCUGGUGUUUGCAGCCAUGUUCAUCGCUCUACUAGGAUGGUCUCUAUACAAUUACUUGCACGUCAGCUUCACCCAUCCUCAUAUGCAUCAUGGAGUUGUGCAGAAAGAGUGGCUGACCAAGUUCCGUAGUGUAUCGUUGAGACUUGGGUAUAUCGGGAACAUAACGUGGGCGUUUCUAUUCUUUCCGGUGACUCGAGGAUCAUCGAUCUUAAGACUCGUUGGGCUUACAUCUGAGUCAAGUGUCAGGUAUCACAUAUGGCUUGGGCAUUUAUCCAUGGUUCUCUUUACUGCACAUAGCGUUGGGUUUAUUAUCUACUGGGCUUUCACUGAUGAAAUGGCUUUAAUGCUAGAAUGGAGUAGAACUUACAUUUCAAAUGUAGCCGGAGAGAUUGCUUUUGUAAUUGCUUUGAUUAUGUGGGUGACAAGCAUCACUCGGGUAAGGCGAAAGAUGUUCGAGCUUUUCUUCUACACACACCAAACCUACGUUCUCUACCUCUUCUUCUACAUCAUCCAUGUCGGGGUAGCCUAUUUCUGCUUGAUUCUUCCCGGAAUUUUCCUCUUCCUUAUCGAUAGGUACUUGAGAUUCUUGCAAUCACGGACAAAUGUAAGGCUUAUCGCUGCCCGCCUCUUGCCUUGUGACACACUUGAACUUAACUUCUCCAAGAUUGCUGGAUUAGAGUAUCAUCCAGCAAGCUUCUUGUUCGUAAAUGUGCCAUUAAUCUCCAAGUUGCAGUGGCAUUCAUAUACAGUGACUUCCAAUGCUAACAUGGAGCCUGAAAUGCUCAGCAUUGUGAUCAAGUGUCAAGGAACUUGGUCUCACAAACUUUACCAAGAGCUUUCUGGUUCUGCUAUCGAACGUCUUCAAGUCUCUGUUGAAGGACCCUAUGGACCUACUUCACCACAUUUUCUAAGUUAUGAGAAUUUAGUAUUGAUCAGUGGAGGCAGCGGCAUCACCCCAUUCAUCUCUAUAAUUCGCGAGCUUACUUUCCAAAAGGCACGACAAGAACAACAACCUGAUAAAAAUCACAAGAUCCCAACAAGUGUUCUCCUCAUUUGUGUCUUCAAAAACUCUGCAGAACUCUCGAUGCUUGACCUCUUGAUUCCAUUAACAUCAACCAGUACGCCUUCAGAUCUUUCCCAAAUAAACCUUCAAAUACACGCCUACAUCACUAGAGAAGUCGAGCAGCCACAGACCCUUGAAAACAUCAAGAAACCUCUUCAAACCAUAUGGUUCAAACCAAAUGUCUCCGACUCUCCUGUUUCACCACAACUUGGACCUGACAGUUGGUUAUGGCUAUGUGCGAUUAUCUCAUCCUCUUUUAUCAUGUUUUUGAUUUUAUUGGGGUUUGUCACCAGAUACCACAUCUACCCUAAAGAUGACAUUGAAGGUGAUAAGGUCUACAAUUACACAUUCAAAACGCUAUGGGACAUGUUCUUCGUCUGUGUUAGUGUUUUCUUGGCUACUAGUUUCAUGUAUCUGUGGCAAAAGAAGGAGAACGACAAAAAAGAAGGGAUGAAAGUUCAAAACUUUGAGGUCGGUGAAGUUGGUGAGAUCGAAAGGUUUGAUCGUCAGUCUGUUGUUGAAACUACUGAGGUUCAUUUUGGCCAUAGGCCUGAUUUAAAGAGGAUGCUAAUGGAGAAGAAUAAGAAAGAGGCAGAUGUGGGCGUUUUGGUCAGUGGACCAGGAAAAUUGAGACGUGAAGUUGCCAAGAUAUGUUCAUCAAAGAUGGCUAAGAAUCUUCAUAUGGAGUCCAUGAGCUUUAACUGGUGAUGAUAAAGAAGAAUGUGAAUUAUAACAAUGAAUAAAUAAGAAAGUGUGAGCGUGGAUUGAUCAAGAAAGGGUCUUUUUCGGCUCUUUAUGAUUCCUG